CCGUUUGAUGAGUUACACUAGGAGAUCACUUGAGGGUCUUCACUCUAGAGGAUCCGGACGCAACAAACACUGCCACAACACAGGUCACGGUCCUCAAUCGCAUUCUGCGUAGCUAGCAAGCGAACCCAAAACACCGAGCUUAAUUACAGUCAAGAAGAACCAAGAAAAAAUAAAAAAAACAAUGGCGGAACCCAAAACCAAGUACGAUCGUCAGCUCAGGAUUUGGGGAGAGCAAGGACAGGCUGCCCUUGGGAAAGCAAGUAUAUGCUUGCUUAAUUGUGGCCCUACUGGUUCUGAAACCUUAAAAAAUCUUGUUCUUGGUGGGAUUGGAAGUAUCACUGUUAUUGAUGGUUCUAAAGUUGAAGUGGGGGACCUUGGAAAUAACUUCAUGGUGGAUGAGUCAAGUGUUGGACAAUCAAAGGCAAAAUCUGUGUGUGCAUUUCUUCAGGAGCUAAAUGAUGCUGUUAAAGCCAAAUUUAUAGAAGAGUAUCCAGAGGCAUUAAUUCAGACAAAUCCAUCAUUCUUUUCUCAGUUUACCUUGGUGGUAGCCACACAGCUAGCGGAAGAUUCAAUGGUGAAGUUGGAUAGAAUCUGUCGGGAAGCAAAUGUCAUGUUGGUAUUUGCACGCUCCUAUGGCCUCACAGGUUUUGUUCGGAUCAGUGUGAAGGAACAUACUGUGAUUGAGUCAAAGCCUGAUCAUUUUCUAGAUGAUCUCCGACUAAAUUGCCCAUGGCCUGAGUUGAGGAGCUUUGCAGAAACAAUUGAUCUGGACGUGCCUGAUCCUGUUGUCCAUAAACACAUACCAUAUGUUGUUAUUCUUGUCAAGAUGGCAGAAGAGUGGGCCAAAACUCAUGGUGGAAGCCUUCCAUCAACCAGGGAAGAGAAAAAAGAUUUCAAGGAUCUAAUUAGAGCGAGGAUGAGGGCAAUGGAUGAAGACAAUUUUAAAGAAGCGAUUGAGGCCUCAUUCAAAGUGUUUGCUCCUCGAGGAAUUGGUUCAAAUCUACAACGGAUAAUCAGUGAUAGUUGUGCUGAUAUUGAUUCUAAUAUGUCUGAUUUUUGGGUGAUGGUGGCAGCUCUAAAGGAGUUCAUUGCUAAUGAAGGAGCGGGGGAGGCACCUCUUGAGGGAUCAAUACCGGAUAUGACAUCUUCUACUGAGUUGUAUGUAAACUUGCAGAAGAUUUACCAAGCCAAGGCUGAGGCUGAUUUUUUUGUUAUUGAGCAACGUGUCCGGAAUAUUCUAAAGAAAAUUGGUAGAGAUCCAGAUAGUAUCUCAAAGAAGAUGAUAAAAAGCUUCUGUAAAAAUGCCAGGAAGCUCACAGUAUGCAGAUAUCGUCUCCUUGAGGAUGAAUUCAACUCUCCAGUCCAACCAGAGUUGCAGAAGUAUCUAACAGAUGAAGACUACAGUAUCGCUGUGGGGUUUUAUAUUCUGCUUCGAGCUGUGGACCGGUUUGCCGCAAACUAUAACAGUUUCCCUGGCCAGUUCGAUGGAGAGACUGAUGACGACAUAUCUCGAUUGAAAACCACGGCUGUUGGCCUACUUAGUGACUUGGGUUGCAAUGGCUCAACCUUGACAGAGGACCUCAUCAAUGAGAUGUGCCGAUAUGGUGCUGCAGAGCUUCAUGCAGUUGCUGCCUUCAUUAGGGGAAUUGUAUCGCAGGAAAUUAUCAAGCUGAUUACAAGGCAAUUUGUUCCAAUGUCUGGAACUUUCGUCUUCAAUGGGAUUGACCACAAGUCUCAGUUGUUGUCAUUAUAGCAGAUUUAACAUUCGGGAAAAUGAUCUUCUGUCAGUAAGGCUUUGAAUUUCCAUGAGAUAUGACUGGUGUCAUAUUUUUCUUGAUUUGAGAGGCAUGGCAGGUUAUGAGCUCCUGUGGAAGUGUGCUUGUAACUAUUUCAUUGAUUAGUAAAUGAAAAACACAGUUUGAGAAAAACUAAAGAGAAGACGAGGAACAUAUCAUCUUGGUCCAGAUCAAUUUUUUUUUUCCUCAGAGUCUUUAUAGAAGAGUGUAACGGAAAGGAUGGGGGUGGUUUCAUGUUUGUUUUAUCGAGUAGGAUAGUGAAAUAAUAGUUUAAACAUAUGAUCAUCAUUUGCAGCUUCUUGGGUUUGGACCUCUUGGCUUAAGCUUUUUUGUCAGAAAUGCUACUAUUACACACUGGAUUUGUAAUUGGUUUGAAUUUUAAAGCAAUGUUUGUAAAGUGUGGAAAACCAAGUAUUUAC